AUGGGUAUUCCAGGGCUCAUCAAUGCCAUUGGUGUCGGGGAGCGGGUCUCCUUGGCCAAGUUGGCUGGGUCGCAUUUGGAACGCAAUGCAAGACCAAUUCGAAUUGCCGUCGACAUUUCCAUCUGGCUCUUCCAGGUCCAAGCUUCGCGCGGCGGCAAAAAUCCCGAAUUGCGCACCCUCUAUUUUCGUUUAUUGAAAAUUCUCGCUCUUCCGAUCCACCCGCUCUUCGUCUACGAUGGCCGUCACAAACCACCCUUCAAACGGGGGAAGGCAGUUUCGCGCGGGUCCGGGAAUUUGCCGAUCAUUCAGCGUUCGAAAGAUCUUAUCGAGCGCUUCAGAUUCCCAUGGCAUGAGGCCCCGGGAGAGGCAGAGGCAGAAUGCGCCCGGCUACAGCAGGCAGGCAUCGUUGACGCUGUGAUUAGCAACGAUGUAGAUGCCUUGAUGUUUGGCUCGACGUUCACCAUGAUGAAUUUUUCAAACGAAAGCGGUAGCGGGUCAUCCGGAGCUACCCAUGUGACCUGUUACUAUUCAGACUGUCAGGGAUAUGUAUCGAACGUGCCUCUUGACAGAGCGGGCAUGAUCCUCUUCGCUAUGCUCAGCGGAGGCGAUUAUUUGCCUUCGGGCGUGGAGAAAUGCGGUCCAGGUACGUCUGCGGAGAUUGCCAAAGCUGGAUUCGGCGAGGACCUCCUUCAGAUGGUCGCUUCUGGUUCACCAAGCUUUGAGGCUGAGCUCGGGGAGUGGCGAGAACGACUUCAGCACGAACUGGAGUCCAACGAGAGUGGGUAUUUUGCAAGAAAACACCCCGCGGUUCGCAUCCCAGAUACUUUCCCCGAUCCUGCUAUCCUAGAAUACUACGCGAGGCCCAAAGUCUCCAGUGAGGAAGAAAUGGCUAUUCUACGAGAUCGGCUGAAGCACGCAUGGGAUCUCGAGAUCGAUCCACUCGCAAUUCGAAGCUUUGCUGCUGAGAACUUGGAUUGGAAGUACCGAUCAGGUGCUAGGAAGGUUAUUAAGAAUCUGGCAGAGCCCCUAGUGUCGUACAGGCUUCGCCGCCAGAGACCAGUCAAGGCUCAUCUACCUUGCUCACUUGCGCCCAAAUGCGAUAUCACGUGGCUUCAAAAAGUCUAUAAAACCCGUGCCAGCUUCGGCACCGAUGGAAUGACUGAAUUUCAAGUUGAUAUGCUCCCCAUCGACGUGGUCGGUCUCGAUUUGAUGGCCGAAGAGCCCAAUCCUCCCCCGUCUAUACCUGUAGCAAGCUCUGCGCAGGACCUGGAUCAAGCGGAGGGCGAGGAGGACGAAGCAGAGCCUGCUGCGGACAAUGCGCAAUCAGCCACAACCGCAAAGCCAAGAGCGACCAAGCGUUACGAUGUGUACGACGUUCAGAAGAUUUGGGUGCUAGAGUCUGUGGUCAGGCUCGGACUUCCCGCCGUCGUUCAAAGAUGGGAGGCUGAGCAAGCCGAGAAGGCUCGAAAGGCCGCCGCUCCCAAAAAGUCGUCAAGCCGUAAACCAGCCCUGAAGAAGAAGGGCGUCAUCGACCCGGCGAUGAAACGCGGGAGUAUUCUGAAAUACGGCACGCUCACCAAGGAGAGAUCCGAACUUUUCACUUCCAAAAAGUCCAUGAUGCUGGAAAGUGUAUCCGCAAAGGAACAGGCAGCCUUUUCUCGCGAAUCCUCCUCGUCUGCCGUAUUCGUUGACCUUGAAGACGGUUCCAUUACGCCGAGUACGUACCCCCAACAAGAAAACUCGGUCCAUAUGCUUCACUCUUCUUGCGGCGUGGACGCGCUGGCUAGCCACUUCUCCUCGCUAACUACUAAAUCACGAGCAUCAAGAGUGAAGCGCAACCCAACACCCCAAGAAUCACAAACGACGACUCGAGUAGGAGUCGGAGCAACCGCAGGCGGUUCAGUUAAGCUCGAUGGCUCACGUACUUCGCCACGUGCGGGAUCCUCAAUCGAAUGUCAAGGCUUCGUAGACACGGCGAGGUUGUCCACAAAUGGCUCCAAGUCGGUUUCAGAGUCCCGAGCUUCAACCAGUGGAGGGGCCACGGCAGAAGAAUUUACCUGCUCAUCCAUAAAGUCCAAAUCCAAGGCUCAGACCGCCUCUUGUGUGACAUCUGAGAGGAAACGGGCUUUUUUGAAUGUUGAUCACCUCCAACAUUCCAUCCAAGCCUUGUCACUAUCAGAAGUGCACGAUGGAAAAUACACUCGUGACUCGACCCUCGGCUGCUCUCCCGAUUCGAAAUCACAGAAGCGACACUUGGACCGUAAUCGGCCAUUCAGACAGGCUAGCGCUUUGAAGUCACUUUCAUCGGCCAUGGAUGAGACUGUUAAGCGGAAGGAAGAGAUCACGCCAUCCGCUUCGAGACCGAACGGGUAUUGUCGCAACACCCAAACCGGACCGUCCGAGGUCACUCCAGAUGCCAAAAAAUCUCAAUCCACACUUGGAUCGAAAAGAGACUACGUCGAAAAUGUUGUAGCACUCAAUGGAUUCUGGGAAAUCGAUCCAGAUUCCGCAGCCGUGACGAGGGAUAUCUCAUCACAGUCUGCUUUGCGCGCCGGGACCACUCAAAAGAAGCGCUUUGCUCACGUUUGCAUAGUAGACCUGACUUGA